UCAGAUAUCGUCCCAGUGACACAACUUUAAUGUAGUGCGAACGUCAGUUUCUAUCGCCCAUCUUCCGCAGAAAAAAUAUUUCACUUCCGAAGUAUACGAGUUUACGCUUAUCACAAAUUAUAAUUGAUCAUCAUGGCCUUAAGGACUACUGCUGUGCUUUGCAAUAGCCUGAGUAAAUGGGCUUAUAACCUAUCAGGAUUCAAUAAAUAUGGCCUGCAUCGUGAUGACUGUUUGUAUGAGAAUGAAGAUGUGCAAGAGGCACUGCGCCGUCUACCUGGACAUGUAGUAGACGAACGUAAUUUCCGUAUGAUUCGUGCUAUUCAACUUUCCCUGCAAAAAUCUAUCUUGCCAAAGGAGGAAUGGACUAAAUUUGAAGAAGACAAACUCUACCUUACACCUAUCGUUGAACAGGUCAAGAAAGAGAGGAAGGAACGUGAGGAAUGGGAGAAGGAAUAUUAGACUCUUUGCUUGUUAAUAUAUUAAUUUAAUUAAAUUUAGCAGUACUAUA